AUGCCAUCUUCAACCCCCGCCGGCGGCGCCUCCGCAACCCCCGACGCCCUCGAAUCCGACCUUCUCACAAAGCUAUCUGCCACAUCCGCGCUGGAAGACCUACAAGGAAGUCUGCUCAGCUCACUUCAUCGCGCGGGGUGGACCGAGAAAAUCACGAGCCUCGCCACUGAGCUUCUUCGCGCGGGCCGCUGUGAGACCUUUGACGAUGUGAUGGAAGCCGUCGUCGCCUCCGCCGAGGGCAGGACACAUCCAGCGCUGGGAUCCAGGAAUACAGGACAAAACGGUGACGCGACGUCAAAUGGGACAAAAGAGGCCAAGUCCAACGGGACCAAAAAGGGCAAUGAUGCCGCCCGUAGCAGCAACUCAAAUACCCCAUAUGAUCCGGUGAAAUAUAUCGAAGAGGUGGACGUGCGCAUCCCUGAAAACAUUGUGGACGAGGGCGUGCGUGGCUUGAAGGACAUAUUGCGGGAGAUGGUCGACCUGGAAGACGAGAAUACCCCGAACGGCGACAAGAAGUAA